CUGGCUACCAGGACUGUAUCAUCGCCCAAGUUGAUUCAGUUGAUCGUCGCGAACGUUUAGAGCGUCUUUUGGUAAAACGCCACCGAUCAGAGCACGACCGACCAGAACCAGCCGGUCAGACCCAACCGAUCAGAACAACGAACAGACCCCCAACAGAAGUCCACCUUCGAGAACUUCAUCUUCAAGUACCUCGUCGUAAAUAAUUGGACUCGUAAGUGGAACUCCACCGUUUGGAACUCUUCCAUUCUAACUCCUCCAUCAAGAAACCCAUCGUCGUUCGGAAUUCUAUCAUCAUCCAAGUUGAUUCGAUCAAGCGGAACAAGUUAGUCAAUCCGUCAAACAAUCUUGCCUUUAAGCUAACAUAUGUAGGAUGUCUUCUCCAACUGAUAACUUCCAAGUCGGCAAUUCCGGUAAUAAUGAGAGCGGUGGUAGCAUUCCGUCACCUGAUUCUCAGCCUGAGUCCCAACCCGAGACCAAACCUAAAGUCAAGAGAGGUGUGAAGGGACCCAUCGACAUGACAAAAACCAAGAGUAAGUCGCUACAUUCGAUUGAAGAACUCUUAACUAACCAAACUUCAGGAACCUCCAAGUAUCGACGAGAAUAUGACCCUGUCAAACACGGCCCUAUCAUUGUGAAUGGUCAUGUGCCCGGAAAAACAACCGACGCUCACUUUGAACUAUUUCCGAUGCCGAUUGUCAACGAUAUAGAGUUGAAGCAGGGCAAGAAGCUAACUCUCAAUCAUAAGUACAGCUCCGCAUCUUGGCUUGUCAGUACCCGAGGAGCUGUCCAAGAGGUCCAAUGCGACCACUGUGAGGACGGCCCCUAUACAAAAUGUAUUGUGGUCCCCGGUGUCCUGAACAAUUCUUGUAGCAAUUGUUUAUACAAUGCACAGCUCACCAAAUGUAGCCACCGUACCGAUCGUAAAAGAUCCCAAAAUGAGUUGGAAGUUCGUGAUGGAGGAGGCCAAGACCAACAACCGACCGAGACUCUCAAUGCUCCUCGUAAGAAGCCAAGACGUUCUAUGUCGUUCGCGGAAAAGAAUGCCCCUAAACUCAUAACAUGUAAGUCUGAAGACCAAGCAUUCUCAACCCAUCGAGUUCAAUUCGUACUAACAGCUCACUUCAUAGUCACUAGAGAGGAGAUGGGAGCGAUGACUCGGGAAGUCUUUAAUAUGUCGCGUGAGCAACUCAUCCAGCAUCACCACACCAUGGACUUGAAAUCCUUCGUGGUCGCUCGAUAUCUUGCUGUUGUUCAAUGGCGUGAAGCUGAUUCUUGGUUGGAUGAGCAUCUCCAAAAAUAGAUUUGAAACUUGACAACGUCGCUGAUGUCCGUUUCAAUCUUGUCUUGCUUUAUUAGAGAAGUUUUUACGGAAGUCAAAGGGAUGUUCACAAGUUGUUUCUCGUGUUAUUGAACUGAGUGGAGUUUCUUAUUCUGUUGUGCUGGGUUUAAGGGGAAAGCACGAUGUACGUAAUUCUGCCAAGCAAG